CGGAGACGCCAGGCUCGCGGAGGCGGAGCCCGGCCCGGCAAGAUGGUGCCGUCCACUCUUUUGCGGUCCUUCUCCAGGCUGCUGGCCCCGGCCAGGCUCCCGGGCAGCUCGCCGGCGCGGUCAAAGUUCUAUGUUCGGGAGCCGCUACAUGACAAACCUGACUGGCUCAAAGUUGGGUUGACCUUGGGCACUUCCGCCUUCUUGUGGAUCUGUCUCAUCAAGCAACAUAGUGACGAUGUUUUAGAGUAUAAAAGAAGAAAUGGGUUGGAAUAAAGUUUUUAAAUACUAAUACAGUAUGCUCCAUAUCACAAUUAAAGCCGUUCCAGUCUGUUGAGUUGUAAAUGUGAGAGAAAAGUUAUAUGUGAAUAUAUGUUAUUAGCACUUGUGUUUUGCAUCAUUAAAUGAAGAAAAUAAAAA